GCUUCGGGUCAAUCAGUCAGGCAGGCAGCGGCUCCAUCAGUCAGGCUGGCAGAGGCUCCAUUCGUCAGGCAGGCAGCGGCUCCAUCAGCCAGGCAGGCAGCGGCUCAUCAAGUCAGGCAGGCAUCGGUUCAUCAAGUCAGGCAGGCAUCGGCUCAUCAAGUCAGGCAGGCAUCGGCUCAUCCUGUCAGGCAGGCAUCGGCUCAUCCUGUCAGGCAGGCAUCGGCUCUUCCAGUCAGGCAGGCAUCGGCUCUUCCAGUCAGGCAGGCAUCGGCUCAUCAAGUCAGGCAGGCAUCGGCUCAUCAAGUCAGGCAGGCAUCGGCUCAUCAAGUCAGGCAGGCAUCGGUUCAUCAAGUCAGGCAGGCAUCGGCUCAUCCAGUCACGCAGGCAUCGGCUCAGUCAGUCACGCAGGCAUCGGCUCUGUCAGCCAGGCUGGCAGGCAGCGGCUCAAUCAAUCAAGCAGGAAGCGACUCAGGCAGGAAGCGGCUCAUCCAGUCAGGCAGGAAGCGGCUCAUCCAGUCAGUCAGGAAGCGGCUCAUCCAGUCAGGCAGGAAGCGGCUCAUCCAGUCAGGCAGGCAUCUGUUCAGUCAGGCUGGCAGGCAUCGGCUCAAUCAGUCAAGCAGGAAUUGACUCAGGUAGGCAUCGGCUCAUCCAGUCAGACAGUAAGCGGCUCAUCCAGUCAGGUAGGCAUCGGCUCAUGCAGUCAGGCAGGAAAUGGCUCAAUCAGUCAGGCAGGAAACGGCUCAAUCAGUCAGGCAGGAAACGGCUCAAUCAGUCAGGCAGGCAGGCAUCGGCUCAGUCAGGUAGAAAUCGGCUCAGUCAGUCAGGCAGACAUCAGCUCAAUCAGUCAGGCAGACAGGCAGACAUCGGCUCUGUCAAUCACGCAGGCAGGCAUCGGCUCAGUCAGGCAGGCAGGCAUCGGCUCAAUCAGUCAGGCAGGAAGCGGCUCAUCCAGUCAGGCAGGAAGCGGCUCAUCCAGUCAGGCAGUUAUCGGCUCAUCCAGUCAGGCUGGCAUCGGCUCAAUCAGUCAUGCAGGCAUCGGCUCAUUCAGUCAGACAGGCAUCGGCUCAUUCAGUCAGACAGGCAUCGGCUCAUUCAGUCAGGCUGGCAGCCGCUCAAUGAGUCAGGCAGUGGCUCUAUCACUCAUCAGUCAGUCAGGCUGGCUAAAUUACCGCGCAUAG